GUUGAAUUGUGAGGCAUACAACAUCAACUUGAUUCCAUUAGGCAUAACGCACAAAAAAGAAUGCCACAGCCCCACAUGGCACACCACUUGUUGCAAUAGAGCACACAUAUCUCUUUGCCUUGCAUUUAUAUACCCAUGCCAGAUCCGAGAUUUAUCUAUUCAUACUGGAUUACAGUCUUCUGUCCUGCGGAUGAUAAGUUUGCACUAAUACAUGCAUGAGUUAUGGUUAUGUGCGAGUCUUUUUAUUUUCUAUAUUUUUAUGUGCUCAAACCUUACCAGUGCCAUGGGAGUUGUCAGUGUCUUGUCUGGUCAGCUAAAAGAGGGUGUUUCAAUAUGAGCUCGAGCGGAUUCAGAAGGCAUUUAUGAGGAAACCGUGACUGACUCAACAGGAAAUUAUCGCUUAAGGGUGCUUUUGCCUGAUACUACUUAUGAAAUCAGAGUUUCAAGGAAAGUUGAAUUUGGUAACCAUCUUAUGGAGCGCGCAUCUCCAGAAUCUGUGACCGUUAAGGCCGGUUGUGAAGAUUUUAGGCGAUUAGAUUUUGUUGUAUUUGAAGAGCCAGAAAUGACAAUUUUAAGCUGCCAUGUUGAGGGGCAGAGAAUGAAAGAACUUAUUCAAGUGGAAGUGAACUUGCCUACUGACCCAAUGAAAAUUGAAUCUGUCUCCCCAAUCCCUCUUUCAAACUUUUUCUCAGUGAAAGACUUGCCCAAAGGCAAGCACCUUCUGCAACUCCGAUCUACUACGCUAUCAGGAACCCAUAAAUUUGAAUCAGAAAUUAUUGAGGUUGAUUUAGCAAAAAGUAGCUGAGUUCAUGUGGGCCCACUUAGAUACAGAGUUGAGGAGGAUUUCCAGAAACAGGCAUGCUUCUUGAAAGUUCUUCUUUGUCUAUAGGAGUAUGUUAUGAGCCCUGAAAAUUAUAAAAAGAUGAUUCCAGGAGUGCAAAAGAUAUUGGAAUACUUGAAUUUAUUAAUGUGUCGCUUGAGGAGCUUGAAUUGAAAUCAAUCUUAUUAAAAGACUUAGACGUAAUUGCAAAUAGCGAAUCAGAUGUUACUUGAAGACGUAACUAAUAAUGUGAAAACAGCUGAUCAGAAGCAUCAAGACCUUCCUAAGUUUUCAUUUGAUGAUAAGACAUCCAGAAAAUCAUACAUGAAGAAAGAGACCACAGGUAGUGCACAUAAACUUUUGGCCUUAACAUAUUUUAAGGGUGUCUCUGCAAAUAUGGAGCGCGAAAGUUCAUCAACAUGUGGAACAGGAAAGGGGAGAAUAUCAAAUGUCGUUGCGAAACUCAUGGGACUGGAUUUGUUUCCCCAAAAUAAAGUUCUAAAGGGCUCAAGACACUCGCCUCCAAGAAGAAUGAUAAGCCACCUCAUCAAAACAGUGAUCAGAAAGCUGUUGAGAACUUGUCACCAGAAAUGACUAAGCACAGGAGGUAUAACAAUAUACAUCACAGAGAUAAGAAAACAGCAGAAAAAGAGGCUAUCACAGUGAAGCGAAAACUGGAUAUUCACAAACCAACGCUAAGUCAUAUCAAGGACAGACUUCCACAAUCUGUAAGGAAUAAUAAUACUCCUUCCGUAUUUUAAAGUUUGCUACACGUUCCAAUUUUGAGAUCUUUGAAAUACGGAGGGAGUAGUACAAAUUAAAUAAAAAAGUAUUCCAAAGAGGGAGGAGCGUUUACUGAACCGGGCCAAACAUGCCUCGACAGAGCCUCCUUUUGCUAAACAUACAGCACAAGAGAAGCCUAUCAAAGAGAUAGCCAUUAAGAUGAAAGAAAGUCGGAUUCAAAUCUACAUGAAAGACACAUCCAAAAGCACACUGAAACAACAGUCACCAAUUUUGAAGGUGAAGAAACAGGUGAAAUGCAAUGUGGAUAGCACCUCUUAUGUAAAAGGCAAAUUGAGUGAAGAACAUUCAAUUGAGUUGAAAGAAAAAAAUAUCUCCGAGUUUGACAAAGAAGAAGGUUGUUACGGAUGCAUUCUGGGGCAAACAAUACAGCAGGUGACAGCGCCUAGUACGAGCCCAAAACGUUGCAGAUUCAUACCCAGACAGUGGGCCCAAAGAUACUGGAAAACGAAGUGGCUGAAAGAAAACUAUUAAUUAGUUAUUACUAUUAUUUCUAUUUUAGUUUUAGGCAACUUCCUAAUUAUACUAUUAUUCCUAUUUCAGUUUUAGGCAACUGCCUAAUUAUUCUAGUAUUCCUAUUUCAGUUUUAGACAUCUCCGUAAUUAUUAGGACUCUUAUAUAAGGGUCAUUAUUAUUAUUAUCAAUAAAGUACCUUUUGGAAGAAUUAGUUUUGUGUGUCUUGACUAGGUUCGGACAUCAAUUUAAUUCCUACUUAAGAUUUCAAUUCUUCAGAAAUCAUUGAUUCCUUCCCAGUCAAUUACCUUCCCUCUGAAUUACAGAAACACUCUCGUCCCUGGAUGAGAUCAUUAACGCAGGUUCUUAACAAAGGUGGACAAGAAAUAAUGCAUUGUAAAUCAAAAGUUUUGACAUUACAUGUUCAGUUUUCAUAAAUUUUCAAUUUCUUUCAUAAAUUAUAUACUCCGUAACAUUUAGCAUUGUGCUAAUCAAUAUGAGAUUGGGGUUUUACUUUUUGACUUUUUCUGGUAUCAGAAAGAUGCAAUGGAAUUACACAAGAGUAGUCACCAGGAUGCCGGACAAAAUCUAGACAUCAGCUAUCAAAAAAAUUGCAAAAUCACCAGAAGGUAAGUUUACAUGAAAAGUGUCUAUGUCAAACAUGAAGCUUAUUUAUGCCAAGUGAAAAUGGGGUGUGGAAGAACAUGACUCUUAGAUUAUGUGAUGCUGCGGAGAGCAAGAACUUUGCCAGGAUCAAGUUACUAAAACUGCGCCUACCAUAAUUUUAGAAAACCCGCCAACUGAAUCAGAAACGUGCAAGCCAAAUCCCAAACAACAGAAAGAGCCAUUGACGGAGCCAGAAAAGAAUCUCAAGAUAUCAUUUAUCAUAAGCCACUUAUUCCUUAGCACUGCAGAAGCGCUCCUCAAUCUGAACUUACCAGUGAGUGUGUUUUAUGAAAAUGAUCAUAUCAAUGAAGGGACAGAUCGUAUGCUUACAGUAGACUGUGCCUAUGAGGUAGUGAAAAGAAAAGCGAGGAGACAAGAACUCUCUGCCUUUCCCCACGCCAGAAUACCCAUUAUCAGUUACGUAAUGAUUAGAUCUUUAGAUGAUCUGAUCAGGCAACUGUGCAAGGACUUUGAGAAGUUACCAGCUUUGAUCGGAGUGGCUGUGAAGAUUGUGUCAACGCAGUACUUCGAUAACAUGCUUCGAAAGACAUGCAAAACACAGAGCUUGACAUAAAUUGUAUAUGGGAUUUUGGAUGGGACUAUGGGACCAUGUUUGCCUUCCUAGAAAAGGGUGAGGUGACAAAGGAUGUUGAGAAGCAUUUGCUGAAGGGACUCAUUGAAGAGGUGUGCAUUGUAAUGGAACAGAUACUUCAUCUGCUCCAUGACUCUGAGCUACCAUAGGAGGAUGUUAAUUUCUUAAAUUAUGAUGGAAAGACAAUGAAUAGCCUGCUUGAGGAGACUUUGCAGGGAGUAUUUUCCAGAAACUAUAGUGAGUGGCUCGACAGACGGUGAAUAAUAUUGUGACUAUUUUUCCAGCAACUUUAGUGAGUGGCUCGACAGACGAUGAAUAAUAUUGUGACGGCUAUGGUUCUCAGGGAGCUUUGUUGAAGUUGUAAUUUUGGGAUUCUCUUUUACUUGUGUGGCUGUGACUGAUCUCUUAGGAAUAUUCAAUUGGGAGCAAUUCUGAGGAAAAGUCUAUGGUCCAUUAAAGAAUCAGCUGCAAACUUGAGAGCAGAUAUUUGGGUAGGUUUAGAAAACGGUUUUAGGCUCUACAGGGUUGCUAAUUUCUAAUUUAUCGUUUUUGUGCUAUUUAACAUUCCUCCUAUCAUGUCAGUUUUAACAAUAUCAAGUUUUAGAGGUUGAAGAUCAACCUAUGGCUCCAUAUUCCUAUUACCAUGUGUCCAUUUCUGAUAAAACCAUCUAGAGUGCCUUUUGUAUUUGAUGGUCUGAUUGGAUCGUUGUCUCCUUGACUCCUUUUAUGUUGAGUUUCAUACUACUUUCAUCCCUUUUUAUUUAGUCAUCUUUGACUUUUCCGGUCAAAGAUGAUAAUGUGUCUUUCUCAACUUUUCCAGUUGUCUCUAUAUGAUUAGUUAGAAAUAUGAUUAGAUGGAUCAUGUAUUUAUUUCCGACCUAAAUGUUGAACUUUAGAGUUAGUAUCACACUCCCUGACCUAAAAUUCUCAAACCUAACAAACUCUUAAUGAUCUGCUGGUUAUGCAUUCGAAACUGACCCUCAUUGGUUAACAUCUUAGUUACAUUAUUAGGGCUGAGUGGCUUUUAUACUUAUGGAGUCACUAUUAAAUCAACUAUGCUUUUAUAUCUGGUUUCAAGCAAUACAAAGAGCUGGGCUGCGGGGAGGCGGGAAGGUCAUUCUCUUUAGCAAUGGUCUAUCUAUGCAUGUCUUUGGCACCUUUAUGGCUCAUGUGCACAUGAACAUGGAUUCAAGAACUCAAAUCUGUAACAUAUAUCUUGAGUUUUUUCAUUGGGAUCGUGCACAAAUUCGAGUAAAUCAUUAUCGUCUACAGAUGUGUACAUCUGCAAGAAUGUACAGACGGCGCCGAAUGUACAGAUAACAGACGGCGCCAAUUAUUUUUACAAGAAUUAAACUAUUCUAAAAUGAAAUUGAGUUGGGAAUCAAACAAUUUGAGAUCAAUUAUAGACGAAUUAAUAUGGGGAAUAGUAUGGAUAAUAAUAUUAUUGAUGAGCGAUCUAAAUAGA